GGCCUUAAGUAUGAGAAUGAAGCCAGUCAUUAAUAUUAAUGAUUUAAAUACUGAAGUGGACGCAAUGGUUUUUUGUUUUUUUUUUAAAGUCACCCAAUCAGAAUCCUGCUGAACAACAGCCAAUGUGUUGUUGCUAUAAGGUGUGGAAGAUGUUUUGCAGCACUAAUAAUUAGUUUGGUGGAUAUAAUUCUUUGUUUAUGGCUAUAGGUAUGGCUGGGUAUGAGCAGCUGGCAGUAAGAUAGAUACUGGAAAUACAAUCGGCUAAUCUUCUAAUGUACCUCCUUGCUUUGAUGCAGUUGAAGGUGUUUGCAGGCGGGACAAGGGUUGGACAUUACCUCACUCUGAACUCACUCUGAAUGCUUUCUGGGGGGAGAAACGAGCGAGUAAUUAGCUGAUUAGAGGCCCGUCAGAGCAGCUCAGCCUCCAGCCAAUCCCAGCUCACACCCAGCGGCCUGCAGGGUGGAGGAGGAGGAGGACGGCUGAUGGCUGAUGGAGGCAGACACAUGCCUCCUUCUAUGUGGAGUUAUAGAGUUAAACAGCAUGCAGGACGGAGGUGUGAUGCUGCAGAGAGGCAUGUGCAGGUAAAGGAAAUAGAUGGAGGGAUGCACAUGUCAGUCAUUUAGUCUGAAGUUUUUCCAAGUUGAUAAUGUAUUAAUGCUUAUUUUUAAAUAGUAUAAUUUGCCUAAACGUUUAUUAUAAGUUAUCAUAUGAGUUUGUGAGUUGGAAGAAGCUCAUCUGUCUGCGCGCGCUCUGACGCACGGCACCAGGUGCGCACCCGCCAAGCUUCAAGCGUUUGUGGUUUUUUUGAAGAGUUUUUUUAGUCCUAACUCAAGCCGUCAUGAUGGAGAAAUCCAAAAACUUCAGAAUCGACGCCCUGCUGGCAGAUGAGCCCAGCAGCCGGGUGAUCAGAGAGCUGUCCCCGGGUCAGAGCAGCGACAGCCGGGCCGGCAGCCCGCCGUCCUGCCGCCGGUCUGCGGACACUCCGUCUCCACGAGCCGCCGCACAGCUCCAGGGAUUACUCCACAAACCGGGUCUCCUAAACCUCCCGCAUGCAGGACUCGCUGCAAUACCCGCCAUGUACCAUGCACCCAUGUACCCGUUAUCCGCGCUGGGUGGGCAGCACCCGGCCUUCUACACCGGGUUCACCCAGCUGACGCAGAGCAGCUACCCGGAGCACCUGAAGGCUGCUGCCAUGGCCGAGCACUGGAUCCGAGCAGGCAUCAUGAUGCCCAGGCUGCAGGACUACAGCACGGGCCCCCAGGCUGGUCUGCUGGGGAAGUGCCGGAGGCCCCGAACCGCCUUCUCCAGUCAGCAGCUGCUGGAGCUAGAGAACCAGUUCAAGCUCAACAAGUACCUGUCCAGACCCAAACGCUUUGAGGUGGCCACCUCACUCAUGCUGACUGAAACACAGGUCAAGAUCUGGUUCCAAAAUCGGAGGAUGAAGUGGAAACGCAGCCGGAAGGCGAAGGAGCAGGCCACCGCCUCGGCCCAGUCUGAGACAAAGCAACAACGCAGUGGAGGAAAAACAGCCACGGACAAAUCAAAAGAGAGCAGACGAGCUGUGAGUCCAGACGACAGAGGGAUAGAGCUUGAUCUGGAGGAUGGAGAGGAGGAAGAAGAGGAGGAGGAGGAUGAGCAGGAGGAGGAGGAGGAGGAAGAAGAGGAGCAUGUUUUUCCUGUUGGGAUGCCACGAUCCACAGACUUCUUGCAGCGCAGCACCGACGUUGGCUUCAAUCGCCACAGCCCUUUCUCUGAUGAGGAGCUGGAGGGGGUGCAAGUAGGAGGAGGAGGUGACAGGAAGAUCGGAGCAGGACUGUGAACAGCAAACACCGGUUUGAUUUCCUGAGUGUUACAGAGACAUUACACUUGGACAUGUCUGUGUUUGUGGUCACUAGAGAAGACAAUUUCCAAACACACAAAUGACACAAAUAUACUGUAUAAACUAUCCGUGAAUAAAAUCAUCUCUAAGUACUGUACAUCUUGUAGCAUGCUGAGAAAAAAAGGUGCUCAUUUCUUCCCUAAAUGUUGCUGUUUUCAUGCCAAUCACCUUCCGGUCACCUUGUCUUUGCUCCAUCCUCUGACAGCUGGAGCUCCACCCAGUGAACACAGAUCACUACAUGAAUGAAGGACGCGUUCAGACAGCGUGAGAAUGUACAGCAGCCUCCACUGCAUCAUGAAGACAAAACAAAACAAGUUAAACAAGCUGAUGUUGUGACUGAAGAAACAACACAAGCUCAGAAACAUCUGCUGCUCCAGAUGUUUUUGGAGGCAAAUGCUUUGCAGAACAUCCCAUGACUUACAUUUACUUUUGUGCAUUUUAUGUGUAAACAUUGAUGGGUUUUAUUGUUCUUGAUGAUGAGUUUGUUCUCGUCACUUACAUGUAAAUGAUCUUAAUUUAUUUGAAUGAUUGCAAACAUGAAUCAUAAAUGUAUUUAUCCGAAACUUGUUUGUGGUGAAACUGUGAAAUAAAACAAAAUGAUAGCAAAAAAGAACUUGAGAAAAUGAAUGAAUU